AACAGGGAAAAAAUAGAAGUAUAUACAACACGUGGGUGCAUCACUCUAGCGAUGUUUCACUGGAGUACGCAGAAAGACCACUGGCUGUUCAAGGGGGAGGAAGAUCUGGAGAGACUGCGAGCGGCCGCCAACAGUGCAUACUGCGAAAAGCAUGCGAAGGCGGCGGCGGAGAAAGGCGUGCAGAUGCUGAGCUCAGCCGAGGAACGGCUACUCUGCCAGUACUUUAUUAAGAAACUGCUGGAGUUCUGCAACGUCUUUGAGCCUCGGGUCCCCAGGAGUGCAGUGGCAACAGCUGCUGCGUACUUCAAGAGAUUCUACCUCAAUACCUCCGCGAUGGAAUACAGUCCCAGGCAAAUCUUCUUCUGCUGUGUAUACCUGGCCUUCAAGAUCGAUGAAUACGUCGUGUCUGUGGAUCAGUUUGGUAACACCAUUACACCUGACCUCAGACAAGACGUCGUCCAAUACGUCCUCAGCCACGAGCUGCUGCUCCUCAAACGGCUAAAGUUUCAUCUGACGAUUCACACGCCAUUCCGACCAAUGGAAGGCUUCCUCAUCGAUAUCAAGGCACAUCAUCAUUAGUUGGAUGUUGUGUGGAACAAUUCAACACCUUUUAACAUCAUGUGCAUGGAAAUACGAAGAAGCUUGUACAAAAUGCACGUCUCUCUCUCUCUCCCUCUCUCUCCAGACGAGGACACCAGACAUACCCAACCCAGACCAGCUGAGGCCUGCAGCAGAGGCGUUCCUCGAGAGAAGUCUUGCCUCCGACGUUCCUCUUCUCUACCCCCCUUCCCAAUUGUCUUCUCUUUAGAUUGCUCUCGCUGCUUUGAGGCAUGGCUGCAGCCACACCAAGAUCUCCAUUGAUGGCUACAUUCUCUCAGUCCUGUUCAAGUCAGAGGACUCGGAGAAAGCCGACUCUAUAAUGGACACACUUGAGAAGAUCGAGGAAAUGGUGCUGCAAACUGUUCUUCCUGAUGGAGAGAGUGUGGGUCAGACACAUAGAGAAGAAAAUGAUGAAAUGUAGAGUGGAAGAAUUGAGUCCCCCGAAAAGUCGUAAGAGGAAAAGCGAAGAGACAACAGGAGACAGUGGGGAAAAGAAGAUCAAACUGGAGGACCCCUCAGAAGCACCACUACCAGGCAUAUCAAGACUAACAUAGCACAGCAAAAAUUAUUGUUUUUUAGAAAACAGAUUUUAUAACGUGUAAGAAAAGUUUUAAAUCUCUCAGUUUCGAAG